GUGAGCUCAGUCUAACAAAUAAGUCUGUUCUCUUUCAGUUAUACUUCUCAACUUUUGCUCCGUCUCUUUUUACUUUUUCUGUUUGUUUGCAAGUCGACAAAAGCCUCUAGACAACAGAGAUGUUUCGUACAAACCGAUUUUUCACCACCAACAAAAAAGGUGAAAUUUACGAACUGAAAAGAGAGCUAAACAGCGAAUAUAGACAAACACGUAAUGACGCUGUGAAGAAAGUGAUCGCCAAUAUGACAGUUGGCAAAGACGUCAGUGGAUUGUUUCCAGACGUACUGAAAAAUAUGCAAACGGAAGAUAUCGAAUUGAAAAAGUUGGUCUAUCUCUAUUUGAUGAAUUAUGCAAAGACUCAACCUGAACUCGUCAUUUUGGCCGUCAAUACUUUUGUCAAAGAUUCAGACGAUCCAAAUCCGUUAAUUCGUGCAUUGGCUAUUCGUACCAUGGGCUGCAUCCGCGUCGAGAAGAUCAUUGACUAUUUGACUGAACCACUCCGAAAAUGUUUGAAGGAUGAAAACCCUUAUGUUCGUAAAACAGCUGCUAUUUGUGUUGCUAAAUUAUUUGAAAUUGCACCUGAAAUGACAGAGGAACAGGGAUUCAUCGAUUUAUUGAAGGAUAUGGUGUCAGAUGUUAAUCCUUCAGUUGUGGCCAAUGCAGUUACUGCAUUAAUGGAUAUUCACGAGGAAGCUACGUCAAAAGGAUUCUUUAGAAUCAAUGAAAAUGUUUCUUACAAAUUAAUGCAUGCAUUAAACGAAUGUACGGAAUGGGGCCAAAUUGCUAUUUUAAGUGCUAUGGUCGACUAUAAACCACAGGAUUCUAAGGAUGCUGAGACCAUCUGUGAUAAAGUCAUUCCCCGUUUACAACACGCUAACGGUGCAGUCGUUCUGGCAGCCGUCAGAGUGUUACUCUUAAAUAUGGAUUAUUUGGACGAUACAAACAAGGAACUAAUUCCUGUUUUUUGCAGAAAAAUGGCACCACCACUCGUCACCUUACUGUCCAGCCCUCCAGAAUUUCAGUACAUUGCACUAAGAAAUAUUAGCCUCGUUUUACAAAAGUUCCCUCAAGUGCUAAGUAAUGAAAUGCGCGUAUUUUUCUGUAAAUAUAACGAUCCCUUAUACGUCAAGCUGGAGAAAUUGGAAAUUUUGAUGAAGCUGUGCAAUAACAGAAAUGUGGAUCAGCUGCUCAGUGAAUUGAAAGAAUAUGCUAAUGAAGUAGAUGUCGAAUUUGUCAGAAAAGCAGUGAACGCUAUUGGUCGAUGUGCCAUUAAAAUUGAAGAAGCUGCUGAGCGCUGUAUUAAUGUUUUGCUAGACUUGAUUAAUACUGGUGUCAGCUAUGUCGUCCAAGAAGCAAUUAUUGUUAUCAAGGAUAUCUUCCGUAAAUACCCUCACACUUUCGAAGGUAUCAUUCCUCAACUUUGCUCCAACUUGGAUAUUUUGGAUGAACCACAGGCAAAGGCUUCUCUGAUUUGGAUCGUUGGUGAAUAUGCUGAAAAGAUUGAUAAUGCAGAUGAUUUGAUGACGUUCUUCAUUGAGAAUUUCAAAGAAGAAAAUGCUCAAGUGCAACUGCAAUUGUUGACAGCCACUGUAAAACUCUUUUUGAAGAAGCCUUCAGAAAACCAAGGCUUAGUGCAAACUAUCUUGCAAAUAGCUACAGAGGGUUGUGAUAACGCAGACAUUAGAGAUAGAGCCUACAUUUAUUGGCGUCUGUUAUCAACUGAUCCUCAAGCCGCAAAGGCUGUUAUUCUUUCAGAAAAACCACCUAUUCGUGGUGAGAGUAAUGAACUAUCACCAGCUCUGUUAGAUAACCUGAUUUCAGAGAUAGGUACGCUAGCUUCAGUUUAUCACAAACCUGCUGAUACUUUCCUUGCUGGUAAACGAUAUGGCGCCGAUAAUGUCACAAAGACAGUUAAUAGGCAUCACCAACUCGACGAAGAAGAUGAUGAAGAAGGCAUAAGUGCUCCUACAGCUAAAAUUAAAGAAGCCAUCAAGAACAAUGAUAUUGGCGAUUUACUCGAUUUGGAUUGGAGUGAACCUUCCGUUCAAGACUCUACCUCACCGGUAACUACAACAUCACCAGCGGCAACCAAGAGCCCUAUCGCCAUUAAUAAUUCGGCCUUAGGUGACUUACUGUCACUUAAUAUUGAAUCACCUACCUUACAACCCGGCAAUCUUAAUCAAUCUAAUCUUUCACCAGCAACUGGUGCAGCUACUUCGACAGAUGACAUUCUGAAAUUAUUUGGUGCUUCGACCACAACUCCAGCCGUUAAUAAUAACAACAGUAAUAAUAACUUCAGCAGUAUACCUGGAUUUACAGUGCAACAGCAAUCCUUAUCGCCAUCUACACAGAAUAGCAAUAAUACCGCUAGUAACAACAAUAGUACUCAGCAGGCAAAGGACCCAUUUGCAGGUCUUCUUUAAUAGGAAAACGUUUUGUACGAAAGCAAUAAAAAAAGAUGAAUAUCACAUAAAUGCCAAACAUAUAAACCAGUUUACUUCCAUC